CGAUCCUCAGUCAAGACAAUCAGAUGUUAAGCUGUGCAGCUUGCUUGUGGAUAGUUAUGUGAUUUAGAAACUAUUUUUUGUAUGAAGUGUGUACUUUAUUUGUUAAAAACUUAAAAAUACUUAGAAUCAAACAGAAGGCAACCAGGCUAGUACUACUAGCCCAUAUUGACCCAAGAAAAUACAUGGAUGGAGUGGGUAUAUUACUUAAGCUUAUAUUAAAAAAAAAUCCUUAGAAUCAUACAAAACGAAACCAUGCCAGUAACUUUGUAAAAUCUGCUAGCUCACAUUGACCUAAGAAAUGUUUUGUGGAUGCAAUAGAUCCUUUACAAUGGAAACUUGUGACAAUGUCCUGAAUGAUCAAGAUAAAAAAUAAAUGGAAAGAAGAGUUCACGCAUAAUAGAACACAGAGUAAAGUUGAAUAAUUAACAUUGACUUUUUAGUGCAGUGACUCAUUUUAGGAGUGAUGAAUGGUAAAAUCCAAGAUGCUGAGACUCUUGUUUGACAAUCCAAGAGUGAGGAUUUAAUGAUUUUAGACUUGGAUAUGAAUGAAACACAGAAAGAUGAGACUUUGUGACUCAUCAUAAAAGCUUCCAAGACUCUGAGAUCAAAUCAAAAGUUUCUGAGACCCAAGAGAUUUCUAUAUACCAUUUGCCACCCCUCAUUGUGCUACAGGUAGUUGCCUUGCUAGUCUGAAUGAUAUUUUCCUGGUCUUUUGCUACCCGGCUAGGAGAGAUGUUGAACUCCCCCUAUGAGUUCAGUUGAGUCUCACAAGUAGUUAAUCUGCCAGCAGGCUUAUGUUUAGACCUCAUUAAUCAAUGCUGAAGCUGCAAAAAAUGCGCUGACAAAAUGACUACAUAAGAAUGGGAAUUUGUGAGUUUAAAUUUGUGCCUUUGUCACUUACAUGUGAUUCCCUGAAAUAGUCUUGUUCUUUCAUUUUCUGAGUGUUCAGUUCUCCUUAAAAUAUUAAUGCUUUGUCAAUGUUAGUCAAUACUGGUGAUUUUCAAGGAGUAUAUAGUAAUCUUUGCUUGAAGAAAGUGAAAGUUUUCCACAGAGAUAGUGUUCAGCUUUUUGUAACAUUUCUAUAUGUAGAAAUAUCCCAACAGCUGCCACAGAGAAUGUUUAUAUACGUGUUGUUCUGCAUAUAUGAUGUAAGAAAUCUCCAUCCAAACUCUCUCAGAGCCUGGACAAAAUGAAGAUUAAUAUCGACAAAUAAUAUUAAUUUUGUACUCUACUUAGGCAUGAGUUUGGUUUCGUUUUGUUUGUUUGCUUUUUUUAUACAAAGUCCACUUUAUAGUUUUAGAUGAGCUGGAGUGCAUACAUUACCGGAAUAAAAUUAUGAUUUUUUUUGCCUUAGACUGCAGUUGGUAUACAACAUUUUUUUAUGUAAAAAUUGUUUCACUUCAUUGUCUGCAACAUGUUUCCUUAAAAAUUGCCCAUUUUCUUCCUUUUCCACUGUUCCCUAAAAAUUUUCUCUCAAGUUCCCAUAAAUAGUAGCAGAAGCAUAUCACGUAGGUGAUAUGCCUCUGAUAGUAGUUGUAAGGUACCACCACGUGGAGAUUUACUACUGGUUGUUCCAUUUGUUGUAGGCAGGUUGUAGGUCACCGUCACGGGGAAAGUUAUAACCGAGGAGGCCUGAGUAGAGCCUGAGGAGGCGAAAACAAAAUGGCGGCUGGCGGGAAUGUUGAAGUCGUUUGGAGCAACCUAAUCAGCUACCUGGCGCCCGAGUCUUCCCAAGUACUUGGAACUUCAAAUUCUUUGGAACAGUUUAGGCAAAACCCAGUUGUUUUCGCUCGAUUACGAGAGUGGUUCCUGGAAAAAUGUCAGAAAGAUUUGAAAGAAAAAUUUUGUCCACAAUUUUGGUCAAAUGUCCAGCACAGUGAGGUUGAAGGUAAAGGAUUCAAGACCCUGCUCAAUGCAGUAAGUAAUCUUCAUAGAGGUUUAUCAGCUUACAAGCCAUUUGUGGAACUACUUCAGUCAUUAUCAGGAACAUUACCAUUAAGGAAUCUCAAUUUGCAAUUUGAGGGACUUCUAAAGGCAGUUAUCUUUUGUGAUAUACCUGAACAGUUCAAACAUAUGGUGCACGCCUUCUAUAGUCAAGCAUUUCAAGCAUAUCAGUCAAUAAACAGGAAAGAAAGUGGAAAAAUGGAUACAUCAGGUACAUCUUCAACCGGUAUUGAAGAUGACGAUGAAGGGGAAGAAGAUGAUGUGGAAUCAUUAACUUGUGUUGGUUGUGCAGAAGAGAAGGACUGUUGUCAUUGUGCAAAGAUCAUUGAAGGAUUUUCACAACUCAAUUCACAGCUUCAUUCUCUCGGAUUGAUGAAAAAAGUUGCUGAACCAGCUUUCCUGUCAGUUAUUCACAGUGAGAUUCAAAGGAGAAUUGAAGAAAAGUGCAAGGGUGAAUUUGAGUCUUCCUUUCUUGCUUCCUUGUUACACUGGAUUGAUGCUGAGCUGUGUGGUUGGCUGUUGUUGAUUUUUCGAACUCAAGGCAGUGAUGCCACUUCAGAUUCCAGGACAACAAGUACAGUGUCACUGGAUGACUGGAAACCCAAACUGCAAUACUUUAUGUACAAGUCUUUUGCUGACCUAAGAAUCAGUGAGUUGUUCACCAUAAUAGUGGAAUAUCCAGACUCUCUUCCUGCUAUCCAAGAUCUAAAGGUGACUAGUAGAAUUCUACUUGUAUAUUGGCUUCCUUCUUUAAUGCACAGAAUCAGUGAGUUGUUCACCAUAAUAGUGGAAUAUCCAGACUCUCUUCCUGCUAUCCAAGAUCUAAAGGAGUGUUUAGAAGUCACAGACCAAAGAAAAGAGCUUGUAGUGUCUCUGCGAUCAGCAUUUGAGAGGCGUCUCCUGCAUCCUGGUGCAAAUACAUCUGAUAUCCUGACUCAGUAUGUCUCGGCCAUUAGAGCUCUUCAUGUUCUGGAUCCAGCUGGAGUCAUUCUAGAAAAUGUUUGUACACCUGUGAGACAAUAUCUCAGAACACGUGAGGAUACUGUACGCUGUAUUGUGACAAGUUUGACAGAUGAAAACAGCACAGAACUUGCAGAGGUGACAGCAAAUAAAAAUUUUAUUGGCAGUUAUAAGCUGCAUGAAGUAUCAUUGCAUGUUACUUUAGAACUUAUUAUUUUGUACAAUGCUGAGUUUUGUCAGAACAGGGUGAGCUACAAGAUAUCAAGUAGCAGAAAAGCACCAGACAUCAUUAGCAUGCUUGUGAACAUCUAUGGCAGCAAAGACCUGUUUGUUUCUGAAUAUCGAACACUGUUAGCAGAUCGUAUACUUUCAUCCUUCAAUUACGACACAGAAAAAGAGCUUCGCUAUCUAGAGCUUUUGAAGCUCCGUUUUGGAGAAUCCCACUUGCACUUUUGUGAGAUAAUGUUGAAGGACGUUGCAGACUCAAGACGGAUCAAUUCUCACAUUCAGGCAUCUGCCGCAAAGAGUGACAAUACAAAGAGUGAUAUUCCACUGACAGCUAUGGUUUUAUCAGCUGUGUUUUGGCCAGCAUUUCGGGAGGAAAAACUGAAGGUUGCUGAAGAAGUUCAAAGGGCAAUGGAUGAGUAUACCUGUGGAUUUGAAGCCCUAAAAGGUAUGCGUACAUUGCGAUGGAAACCUCACCUGGGUUUAGUGGAGGUUGAGGUUGAACUGGCUGACCGUACCUUGUCACUGUCUGUCACACCUGCUCAGGCUACUGCCAUCAUGCAUUUCCAGGAAAAAGAAUGCUGGACUCUAGAGGAGCUGAGCAGUGUAAUGCAUGUUCCCCCUGGCUUACUGAGAAGACGUUUGGGGUUUUGGAUAAGUCAGGGGGUGCUCAAAGAGGAGUCUACAGACACUUUUACAGUGGUAGAGAAACAAAAAGGACAACAGCGAAUACCAGAGGUGGUCAUGGAUGCUGAAGUGGAAUCUGUAAUGGCAUCUUCACAGGAUCAAAGAGAAGAGGAAUUACAGGUAUUUUGGUCAUACAUCGUUGGUAUGCUGACCAAUCUGGAGAGUCUGCCUUUAGACAGAAUACACUCCAUGUUGCGCAUGUUUGCAAUGCAAGAUUCUUCAUCAAGCCAGUGCAGUGUGGAUGACUUGAGGAGGUUCCUUGAUCGCAAAGUAAAAGACCAAGAAUUGCAAUUUGUCAAUGGCUUUUACAGACUACCUAAAGCAGGCAGAUGACAGUGUAUUAUUACACUGUAUACAAUGAAAAAGAGCAACUUUUGAUCGGAUGAACACGCAGGAAUCGGUCAGCUCAUCCAGGGUGACAAGUCGACCACUUUCACAGUGAUAUCUGUUAUGGUACAUGUGUGCAGUUCUUGUGACACCCAUGAUGUUGAGAACUUUCAGUGGUUUUUAACCCUACGGAUUUGCCUUAAAUGUCUUGGCUAGAGGACACAACUUGAAGAAGAGAGUCAAGAGAGCUUCUCAAACUGCAAACAGACUGCAACUCUUUAACUGCUCUCAAAGUGCAGUUAAAGAGAAGACUACCACCAAGUGUUUUUAUCAUUUAUGAGGUAUUAACCCUUUCUAUUGCCAACAUGAAUGACCACAUUCAGACUGUAUCAACCAGGAGCUGCUAAAAUGACUCACUGGUUUGUCUGUGUCAAAAAAGUAGGCAUUCUAAUAAGGUGACCCAUUGUAUUAUAGCAAGCCUUGUAGUCUGUUCCAGGGUUUCAGUUAGUUGGAGAGCAAUGCAAAGACAGCAACAGAAAAAGGGAGAGGCACACCUCAAUUAUUUUUACCUCUCUGUUUUUUUCACUACUUCCCAACUAACCAAAUGCCUGGAUCUACAAGCCUUAGCAAAAAGGCAAGGAGCUAUGGUGAUCCACAAGCCACUUUCCACGUAUAAAUUCUCCAUUCUGCUGUCAUAGUUUUCUCACAGCUUACACUUGGGUAAAUUUUGCUCUUUUGUAAUAAUUCUGGGAGUAGUGAACACAUCAUGAGACCAAGUCUUGAAGUUUGCAGCAAUCAUCAGUCCCUCGUGCUUUGAUAGUAGAAUAUUUAUAGGUAAUGUCUUCCCACAAAAGAGGUUCUGUCAUUGGCUGAAAAAAUGGCUUUCAUUUCAAGUGCAUUGGACUCAGUGUUAAUGCCUGGGCAAAACACCUUACUCACACUGCUGAUUACCAGCACAUCAAAUGGAUCUUGUAAGCUUGUUAGACAAACUCUUUAAAAAAGAUUGGUAAAUGUACACUUCACAACAGUCUCUGUUGACUCUAGUUUCUAAUAUCUUGGCUCGACACACAAACUUCCCAACUCCUUUGCAGGCAAAUGCUGUAUAGUAGAAUAGCAUCCUAGUCAGUGGGUGUGGUAUCAUAUUAAUAUUUAGAGGUGAAUUUUAGGUUGGCAUACACAAGUAGACUUCUCCCUGUCAGUUGUUUGCCCAAAUCAAGGUCAGCAUAUGCAAUGUGACUUGACCCAGAUUCUUCACCCCUUGUUCAUGUUAACACUAUAGAAGAGGACUUCUUGUAAGCAAUAGUAGCAGUUACAAGUUGCCUUAUGUGAUAACAAUUAUACCACUGUAAAGUACCAACACUGAUGAACUAUGAGACUCCUCUAAUCCUUAAGACUGCAACACUUUCAUCAAAGUUAAACAAGGCAGAAUGCUGAUCAGACUUCUGAGUAACUGGCCUGUGCUCCUUUAGUUCAAAUAAGUGAUUAUUAUCUCAUUUCUCUUGACAAUGACAGUGCAAUGUCAAGACAAAAGGUGACAAGAAUAUUGAAAAUCAUCACUUAACAAAACUGUCCAAAAUACACCAACUCCUUUAAGUCAUAACAGUCAUUUAUUAGCAUUUGAACAGCUAUACAUCACUUGAAAGUUUAUCCAAAAAUAAUAAUAAAGCUUAAAACCACACACACUUUCAAGUGUUAAAAAAAUGCAGAGAACUGACUUGAAUUUGUACUAUUUACACCAUCUUAAGGUCACUUCUUUCCUUCGACCUUAUUGAUUAAUUCUUUCAUUGCUACCUACCCCUAGUAAUUAUUACAUCAUACAGACAUCUCAAUGGUAUC